CUGACUAAAAGGAAAUACUCAAAUAUUAUAAGUGAAAACGUGUGCUUCCGGUUGGCGCGAACAUAAUGACAACGGUAACGGAAGUAGAUGCGGGUGGUGCGAGCAUGACCAUAACUCUGGUGGACGGGGAUUACCACAUGCCUCCAUUUGAUCCCAACCCCAAGGACACGGAAAAAAGGGUGAAGGCAGUUCCAGAAUUCAAGUGCCGCCCAGAUGACGUCUUCUUGUUCAGUGCCAUUAAAUCAGGCACCCACUGGGUCUGGGAGAUUGUGUCAAUGUUGUACAACGGCCGAGCAGAGACGAUUCAGAAGAGUAAGGUGACGGGCAUGCUGGAGUUCCCUUCAGACAAGGAGGCAGAGCCGUCCCCACGCAUCCUUAAUUCGCAUCUAAAGCCGAAGUACCUGCCUAAAGCGGUCUUCCAGGAGAAAAGAAAAGCAGUGCUGGUUCUCAGAAAUCCAAAGGACGUUGUCGUGUCGUACUUUUUCCACGCUAAAGGAAAUGCCAUUUUGAACUACGAAGGCACAUUUGAGAAUUUCCUAAAAAUGUCAAUGGAAGGAAGAGUCGAGUAUAACGGUAUGCUAGGCUUUGUUGAGUAUGUACGUGAUUGGGACAAGAUCCUGAAAGAGAAAAAGUAUCCCAUACACGUAGUCUUCUAUGAGGAUCUUCAGGAGAAUGGUUUAGUUGAGAUAAAGAAACUAGCCAAAUUCCUGGAAGUAAAGGCUUCGGACGAACUGUUGAAAGCUGUCUUUGAUAAAUGUCGUUUUGAGAUCAUGAAGCUCGACAAGAAGGAUCUACAGGCUGUUCCUCUCAAAAAGGAUUUCUCUUUGUUUCGGAAAGGCAAGAUUGGCGACUGGAAUAACACUUUCACCGAUGCUCAGAAAAAGAUGUAUGAAGCGUUCCUAGCCGAGAAACUGGAUGACUGUACACUGAAGUUUCGCUAUGAAUACAAGAAAUAAAAGACUAGAAUGUGAAAGCAUGUGAGAUAUGUGUAAUAUUUGAACAUGUUGAUCAGCAUUUUAAGCAUUUCGACUUCCGGUAUUUUACUUCGUUCUUCAUUUGCUUACUAAAAAAUAUUCAAAGCAAGAAUCCCAAAAUUUAAUACAUGUAUUCACAAAAGCUAAAAAUGUAAACUUAAUCUCGAGCCCCCGCUGCGAUAUAUUCAUUUGAUCAUGCAUUUAGCCAACCUACUUACUUAAAUCUGAUAUUAGAAACCAUAACAUAAUUCAUCAUCUUUCAAAUAUCUUUAAAAAGGAGAUAAUUGCAAAAUCGGAUUGGUCAGAUUAUGUUAAAACUUUGAAGGAUUGUUCCCCUUGAUCAGUUUCAACCAUUGGUGAAAUGGGGUCACAUGGAAAUGUUUGAAACACACUAGAGGCAUUAGACUUGGUCCAAUAUUCAUUAAAAUUGGAAAAUUAUGUCACAUGGAAAUCCUUGAAACACACUAUAGGCAUUAGAUUUGGUCCAAUAUGCAUUAAACUUUAUCAGAAAUUACCCUUUGCUGAACUCUUGGGCGAAUUUAAAAGUGGUUCACAUGUAAUCAACAGUAAGAUCACUUGGUCAAAUCUUAGAUUUUUCUCGUCUGGAAUCAUAUCAGGUCAUUCAUUGCUUAGAUCAAACUAGAAUAUAAUGUUUCCCUUGAUGAAAUCGGGGGAUACCUAUUAAAAAAGUUUGCUUCUUAUCAUUGGUUUAAUUUACUUGAGAGCUGGAAGAUAAGAAUAUUGACUAUAUACUAUGGUUAAUGCAUGUACAUAACCAUUUUUUGAAAGUAAACAAACAUUUCUUCACAUUCAAAAAUUACCAGAAGAACUAGUACAUAAAUCAUCACAACACUGCAUUCAAAACCAUGUUUUUAACACCAAGUUCUAUAAGCGACAUAUACAUUGUAUCCUAUUACAGGACUAUUCUAAGUCUUUUGUGUGGGAGGCUUUUUAUUUCGUCACAAUUGUGGAACUGUCUCACACAUUGGGAUCCCCUUGCAGUGUCAUCUGGGCCUAAAUCUGUUCAACAUAAAACCAUCUUACAACAUGGAGGAAAAAUAGAAAUGCUAUGUUGUCGAUAGGAAUUUUGUCUUCAUUUAUAAGCUGAUUGAAGAACUUUUUCACAUUUUCCUAACGACUUAUAUCUCAUCAGCCAAUAUCCUCACUAGCUCAUGUAAAACUUCAUUGUCAGUACUUGAAUCGGUUUCAAAUACAUCGUCCCAAAUGUCGGAGCUGAAAUAUUCCCUUUCACUUAGGUUUUCAGUUUUUGUUAUAUUUAUUUGCAAUGGACUCUCUUUUGGUAUUACAUUUCUACUUGAAAAUAUGUAUUUUUUUUAUUUCUUCAUCUAUAGUUAUUGUUCUUGCUUGUUCGUGGCAGAAGGUUGCACUGAUUUUGUAAUAAACUUUAAAACAUU